AUUGACACUAUUGACAUAAGUGACGUUUGACGCGUAUUGUGGGAGAAAUAAUAUUUUAAUUUAAUUUCCAUUAUAAAUUUACAAACAUUUACUCGAAUUUAUUCAUUUAUUAGCGAAACGACCAAAUUACUCGCCAUUAAAUAUGUAACUAGCCAUCGUUCAAUGGCGACUGCGGAUCAUCCAGACCACGAAAAUCAUCACAAUGUGAAGGAAAUCGACUACAACGAUAUACAACAAUUAGACAUUUUAGGCGAAGGCAGCUUCGGCGUGGUGCGCAAAGGAAUAUGGAACGGCACUUUCGUGGCCGUGAAAAACAUCACCAGAGAGGAGGAGAAGAAGGCCUUUUUAGUCGAGGUGCGCCAGCUAUCCCGCAUCGACCACGAGAACAUCGUCAAAUUGUACGGGGCCUGCACCAGAGGAUUGAACUUCUGCCUCGUAAUGGAGUACGCCGAAGGUGGCUCCCUAUUUAACGUGCUACAUGGCUCGAAUUUGCACUACACGAUGGCCCACGCCAUGUCGUGGGCUUACCAAUGCUCGAAGGGUGUGAAAUAUUUGCACGCGAUGCAACCGAAGCCUUUGAUACACAGGGACCUGAAGCCUCCGAAUUUGCUGCUGAUAAACGGCGGAGUUAAUUUGAAGAUAUGCGAUUUCGGUACUGCUGCUGAUAAAAACACUUACAUGACUAAUAACAAAGGAUCUGCGGCUUGGAUGGCGCCCGAAGUGUUUAAUUCGUCGACUUAUACGGAAAAAUGCGACGUCUUCAGCUGGGGGAUCAUCCUGUGGGAGGUGCUAUCGAGAAAGAAGCCUUUUUACAACAGAGGCAGCAGCGCUUUUAGCAUAAUGUGGUCAGUGCACAUGGGUAAAAGGCCGCCUUUGUUGAAAAACUGUCCACAACCCAUCGAGAAUCUAAUGACGGCUUGUUGGGACAAAGAUCCCACCAAACGACCCACCACCGAAGAGAUUGUUCGCAAAAUGGAAUCGAUCUGUUCGCUUCUACCCGGAGCCGAUAAACCCAUCCAACGGUGCGACGAGACCGAUGGAAUCCAAGAGGAAGAAAUCGAUGAUGAUGAUGAAGAAGAUGACGAAGAAGAUGAGGAAAUCGGAGACAUCUUCGUCAAUUCGAACACCAACGGUGACAACGUUGUGAAGACUCUACCGCAACCCACCGGGCAAUUUUUGAAUCCGUUGUCCAUCGAAUGCGAUCCCAAAGCUUGGGACUUGGAUCAAAGCUACGAUAUCCAUACGAUGGCGGGUUUCGAUAAAGCGGUGCCCAGAAACGGCGUUGCUGACACUUUGCAGAGUACCGAAGAGAGUCGAAACGUCGAUCAGGACAUUAGCAAUAUGAAAAUACUUUUGGACACUUUAGAUCCCCAUUUGAGACCGGUCACGCCCGAUUACAACGAUCCCAAUUCGGUGGCUUUGAUGGAGGAACACGUCGAAUUAGCCAAGGAAUACUGGAAGGUUCAAACGGAGCUGGUGUUGAUGACCCAGAAGAAAAACAAACUGUUGCCUUUGAAGGAGGAGUGCGAAAGAAGCAAGAGGCACUUGAAGGAGUUGAAGGAGGAGAGGAAAUCGUUGGAGUUGGCGAGGACUUUGUUGAACGAGCAGAGGCAAAUGUCGGCGGGACAUCAUCAGGGGAAUUCGUCGAGGAAUCCGGGAGACGGUUGGGUGAUCAUACCGAGAGAGAAUCAGAGUUGAGUGGUUUUCUGAUUUUUAUUGUAGGUAAUUUGUAUGAAUGCGUGUUGAAUGACGGGUAAUACUGAAAAAGGGAAAUCGUUUUAUAAAACUGUUGGUGUAUUGAAUGUAAUAACUGCAUAGCGAUUCGACUGUUUUGGUAGUUUUAUAUGAAAAAGGAGAGUUUUAAAAGAGACGCAUUGUGUAUAUAUUUUAAUAUGCGAAUAUUUUUUUCUGUAAAAAAAGUUGCGCUUUUGUAAGAUUUUUCGUUAGGCGUAUUCUUGUUACUAAGUAAUUAAGACCUUUUGGGUUGAGUAUCUUAGGUCUUAAUUACUUGGUAAAAAGAAUACCUCUAUUAACAUACUAUUUAUGAUAUGAUUAUUAAGAUAAUUUAUUUUUACUGCGAUUUUGUUACCGUAUAGAAUUGAAAGUUUUUAAAAAUUGAUGUAAAAGAUAUCUUAUUUUUGAUGAUGUUGAAUUAAUAUAGCUUCGUCAAG